AGGCCGAGGCUGCACGCGGUUAAGGAUGGCUCACGCGGUGAUCCAUCGAGGCGCGCGAUGCGUGAUGGGAGCUGUAGUUUUUCUUUCUUUCCUUUCCCCUUCCCGUUAUUCGCCCUCUUCCCGACACCCUCCCAAACCCCCUGCAGGCCCUAGAUCGUUUCUCGUUGGGUGGGUCCUUGGAGGGAGAUUUUCUGCCCCCGAGUUUGCUGCUCUUGGCCGACUUUGGGGUGCUUCUAUUUUUCCCCGAGGGAAAGAAAGAAGGGGGAGGGGGGACGAGGAGGGCAGCGGAGGGGAGGCAGUGGAUGUGAAGGAACGGCGCCGCCAUGUUGGUGAAGGAGAACAAGGGCAGCGGGAGCUCGGGGACCGUCAGUCCUGCGGUCUCGAGCCCGCCAUCUUAUUAAAGGGAAAGAAAGCCCAGGUUGAAUAGGGCCCUCCCUCCUUCCCCACCCCCCGGGGGUUCCCGGCGCUCCAUCCCGCUGCUGACUAGGCUCCGCGUCGGUCGGAUGAGGAGAGUCAGAGAUGCCAACCAACUGCGCCGCGACGGGCUGUGCUGCGACCUACAACAAGCACAUCAACGUCAGCUUCCACAGGUUUCCUUUAGACCCCCAAAGAAGAAAGGAAUGGAUUCGUCUGGUUAGGCGCAAAAAUUUUGUGCCAGGGAAACAUACUUUUCUUUGCUCAAAACACUUUGAAGCCUCCUGUUUUGACCUAACAGGACAAACAAGACGACUUAAAAUGGAUGCCGUACCAACAAUUUUUGAUUUCUGUACUCAUUUAAAGCCAAUGAAACCCAAGUCAAGAAAUCUUCCUAAGAAAAAUCCUUGCAUCCCAACAGGACCAUCCGAUAUGAAAUCCAGUGUUAGCUGUCAGCAAGUUCUGCUGGAGCACAGCUAUGCUUUUAGAAGCCCCACAGAGGCAAAAAAGAAGAUAAUUCAACUGGAGAAAGAGAUAGCAAGCUUAAGAAGAAAGAUGAAGAAUUGCUUACAGAAAGAACGGAGAGCAACCCGGAGAUGGUUCAAAACCACCUGCUUGGUGAAAAGUUUAGAAGCAAAUAACAUAUUGCCCAGGGGCACAUCAGAACACAUCUUGCCAAGUGCCUUAAGCGAUCUUCCAUUAGAAAACUUCAAAAUUCUAGUACAGGAUCAGCGAGAUCAAACAUUGCAGAUUCUCUAAAGAAAGACAGCUCAACCCCAGGAGCCUACUUGCGAUAUCAGCCAGAACUGAAUCCUGUGCCCGGCCUUCACUAGAUUCAGAAGUAAAAUUUACUUACUGGAAUUAUGCUUAAAAUGAUGCUCUCGGCACACUUUUACUUGAAAUAGCAUCAUUUUCUGGGUAUUACUUAUAAAGACUAUUACUUAUUUUUGUGGAAAAAAGAAACUUCGUGUGAAAACUUCAUUUUAGUAUAAGCACAAGUGCCUUACAACAAGAAAGACCUGCUCUAGCUGAAAAUUUUCUUAUGUGAAGAAAUCUUAUGUUUACAAGUUUAUUUAUUGGGGUUUUUUUGAGAACCUAUUUUUAAAGGAAUGGUCUAUGCCAGGUAAUAUGUUUAGGUCAUUUCACGAGCUUUCCGUCAGAAAAGAAAUUUUCCUUGAACUGUAUUGGAAGAGGGAUUUUGUAUUCUAUAUGUGAUGCUGAAGUACAUUUUCCAAAAUUAAAUAUAACCUUAGAAAAGUACCAGUUCUUGAUUUAAAUUGUGGUGGGUAUUAACUUGGCAAUGUAUGGUGAAUUACUUUACUUAUGACAUUGUCUUUAUCUUUUUCUUAUCUAUAAGAAAGGAAUUGUCACCUUUCUCAUAGAAAUGCAAUGACUUUACACUAAUUUAAAUGUUAAAUACUAUUUGGAUAUGAAGUGCCACUGACUCCCUCAGAAGAAAAGAGGCCAAGCAUACCUCAGAUUUGCUCCAAUGGGUACUUUGGCACCUUGAGUCCCAAGAAUGACCCACACACAUACACACUGAUGUGAAACAGCCGCAUUGAAUCCAUCACCUGUUUUUUUUGCCAAAAUUAUUAAAUAAAUAGAUGUACUUACUGCUUUCUCAUAACUUACAUAUUUUUAGUUUUAUGCUUUUGUGU